AUGAACCCAAUAAAGUCCUCUCAAAAAGGUGAACUCAGCAAGAAUAAUAGAAGAAUGUUCACACUUGAAGAAGAUAUGAUCAUUUACUCAAUGGUGAAUAUGCAAAAGGACAAAAAUUGGAAAUUAAUUGCAAAUGCAUUAGAUGGAAGGUCUCCGAAGCAGGUACGUGAAAGAUACAAAAAUUACUUAGCUCCAGGAAUUGUCAAUGCUCCUUGGACACACCAAGAAGAUGAUUUGUUAAAAGAUUUAUAUAAAAAAAUUGGACCCAAAUGGUCUCAGUUAAAGGGAUACUUCAAAAACCGAUCAGAGAUAAAUAUCAAAAAUAGAUGGUCAUCAUUGGCAAAAUUGUCUGGUGAAUGCCAAUCAAAUGUUAAUUCUCCACUAAUUGAAACAAUUUCAAGCGAAGUUCAAAUCGAUGCAUACAAUGAUGCAUUCGGAGAUUUGUUUGAUGCUUUUAAUUUGGAUUUUUAA